AUGAUUUAUUUGAAUAGUAAAUUGCGGGAACAACUCAAGAUUGGACUUGACUCAGCAUCACGCAUAUUCCAAAACCUUAAUGGAGUCACUGACGAUGUGGAACUGCAGUUCGAUGAAGAUACUGGAGCAGCCCUUGCCUACAAUGCAGCAUACAACACUCAUCCGGCCAUUUUACAUGGCAAUGGGCCAAGUAAAAGUCACCUCAACUAUCUUGCGAACUACAUACCCGGACGAUGGUCUUCUGUGAGCGGGUGCGCAUUCUGCGGAAAGAAGCAGAAACUUGACCUUUCAGUGGGAAUUUAUAGAGAUUAUUCAAAAUUUGAAAAAUUAUUUGAUGAGAUCAUCUUCACCUGUGUGAACGAUUAUGAUAUUAGGAGAUGA